AUUAGGAGUAGCACCAUGGCAGCAAACUGCGGAGGGAGCGUGGAAACUGUCAAAAAGAAUAAAGAGGACAAAAAACGCCUUCGAAAGGAAAUAAAAGUUAGCCAUACGUUAUUGAGACAUGAAGGUAUUAAUACGGUGUCGUUUCCGACCAAGAAGCUGGCAGUGGCUAACGGGGGUCUCGGAAACGGCGUCUCUCGAGAGCAGCUCCUGGACGUGCUGGGGCGGUGCGGGCAUGUGGAGGCCCUGCUUAUGCCCCCCAACAAGCCCUAUGCAUUCGUCACCUACGGGACUGUCGAAGACGCCAGGCGAUGCCAGACGUCGCUCGGUGGCAGACAGCUUCAGUGCCAGGGACAAACUAUCACAUUAUACUUUUGUUUUGUGGAGAAAGUGGACUACAACGUCUACUCCAGCGCAGAACUUCCUCCUGGCCUCAAGGUGUGGGAGGACUUUGUUACGCCGGAAGAAGAGACUGGUCUCCUGGAAAGUUUGGACUGGGUGUCCCUUGAUAAUGAUGUCACUGCACAGAAGAGUCUGAAACACAGGAAAGUAAAGCAUUAUGGAUACGAGUUUCUGUAUGAGACCAAUAAUGUGGACAUAGACCAGCUGCUACCUGGUGGCCUCCCAGAUGCCUGUGACAUUGUGCUGGAAAAGUGCUUGAAGGAGAACAUAAUGAACAUUAAACCUGACCAGCUGACAGUCAACCAAUACCAGCCAGGACAAGGUAUCCCACCUCAUGUGGACACUCACUCUGCCUUUGAGGACACCAUCCUGUCGUUAAGUCUCGGAGCUAAGACGGUGAUGGACUUCCGGCACCCCGAUGGACGCUCAGUCGCCGUGUUGUUACCGAGGCGGAGCCUGCUGGUGAUGAAGGGCGAGUGCCGCUAUCUCUGGACGCAUGGAAUAACUCCCAGGAAACUUGACGUGGUUCCCGCAGUUGGCGGUCAGCGGCCGGGUGUGGUGACCUGUGACCCUCGUGACCUAACGCUGAGUCAGCGGGACACCAGGACCUCCUUCACCUUCCGCAAAGUCCGGCACACCCCAUGUGACUGUGCGUACCCGUCUGCCUGUGACAGCCAGCAGCCUCUGCAGGACCCCCCCGGGCCCCCCCUCCCUCGCAGCGACAUGGACGCCGCACACCUGGAGUCGCGGUUCGUGCACGCCGUGUACGAGGAGAUCGCGGGCCACUUCAGUGGCACCCGCCACUCACCCUGGCCGAGGGUGGCGGCUUUCCUGCGCUCGCUGGCCCCUGGUGCCCUGCUGCUCGACGCCGGCUGCGGGAAUGGGAAGUACCUGGGCCUCUGCCCGGGCGUGUUUGCGGUGGGCUGCGAUCGCAGCCAGAGCCUGACGCAGAUCUGUGGCGAGCGCGGCUUCCAGGCCUUCACGUGUGACGCGCUGGACGUCCCGCUGCGCAGCGACAUGUGCGACGCCUGCAUCUCCAUCGCCGUCAUCCACCACUUCUCCACACAGGUGAGAAGAGUGUCGGCCAUCAAGGAGCUGAUUCGCCUGCUGAAGCCAGGGGGGCGGGCCCUAAUCUCUGUGUGGGCGCUGGAGCAGGAGUACAACAAGCAGAGGUCCAAGUACCUGAAGAAGACGAAGGAGGAGAAUGUGUGUCCAGUGAAGGACCGCACCGCCACCCCGCCCCCCCAGGAGCGUUCUGGGAAAGGUCUCUCUUUGGUACAGAACGGUCAGACCACACUGAGUGUACACACCAACCGCACGACAUUCAGCUCUCAGGACCUGCUGGUGCCCUGGCACCUGAAGGGCGCGACACCGAAGAGCCCGGAACCACUGGCCCAUCUCACGGACAGCGUGACGGGGCCAACACCUGGCCCCAUUUUUCAUCGCUACUACCACGUCUUCUGUGAAGGAGAACUGGAGGACCUGUGCCGGAAGGUGGAGAAUGUGACCGUUCAGAGCAGCUACUAUGACCAAGGGAACUGGUGCGUAAUUUUGGAGAAGACUGAUGCAGUGGCAUCCAUGCGAGGAUCAGAAAAUGAGCUUUUGCCAUCUGACCCGUUAAUGGCAGCAAUGGCAAAAUAAAGUGCCGUUGUCGGUUUUACUGCAAAAUUUCGAUAAUGAAAUGAAAGAGGAUUAAUAAAAUUUGAAAUAUGA